AUGGAACAAAGAAGGGAAGAGACCAAAAGGGAGAGAGAUGCAAUUGAACAGUCGAAGGCUGAAAUAGAAAGAGCAAAAGAGGAACUGGAGAUUUGUCUGGAAGAGAGCUUUAGAGAUAUUGAUGAGAAGGAACAGAUGAAAGAUGAGAUACAGAGAUUAAUCCAAGAGGUAGAGCGAACCAGAGAAAUGGUACGACAAACAAAAGUGGCAAUGGAAAACAGGAUGGAAGAAAGCAAUAUGGAGAUGGGUGACAAAGACAGAGUGAAUGCUGUAAUCCAGAGAUUGAUUCUAGAGGUGGAACAAACCAGAGAGGUGUUAAGAAGGGUGAAAGAAGAAAUGGAACAGAGCAAGGAGGAGUUAAAAGGGGAAAAGGACGAACUCAGACUGAUGAAGACAGAGACACAAAAAAGAAAAAAAGAGCUGGAGCAAAGGAUGGAGAAGAUCAUGCGAGAGAGGGAUGAGUUAGAACUGGUGAAGUCAAAGAUACAGAGACAAAAUGAAGAGCUGAAAAAGAAGAUGGAAGAUGGAAAGACUGAGAGUGAAAACAUGGAACAGAUGAAAGAUGAAAUUGAGAAACAGAGAUAUGAACAACGAGCUGAAAUCCAAAGAGAAAGAGAAAUGUUGGAGAAAAUAAGAGAUGAGAUACAGAGAGCUAAAGAUUCCAAAGAAAUACAGCUUCAGAACGAAAAAGGGGACUUACAAAAGAAGAUGGAUGAAACAAAGCAGGAGAGGGAGAUGCUUGAGCAAAUUAAAACUGAGGUUUUGUCAGAAAGGGCCAUAUUGAAAAGACAAAUCCAUGAAACAGCAAGAGAAGGAGACGACUUGGAAUUGCUUCGGUGUGAGACCCUGAAGAAAAAGCAGGAGUUUGAGAAAAAGAAGGAUGAAGCUGUCAAGGAAGAGCUUGAACUGAGAGCUGAAAUGCAGAGAGAUAGGGAGGAGAUAGAGAGAACCAAGAAGAAAAUAGAGAGGGAGUUAAAACAAGGCAGGGAUGCCACAAGUCUAGAGAGAGACGAAAUUGAACGGAUGAAGGUUGAAAUACAGACCCAGCACGAGGAAAUGACAAGAUCCAUUGAGAGGACAAAGCAAGCCAGAGAUGUGAUGGAACAGGUGAAAGAUGAAAUUCAGAGAGAAAAAGAACUUUUGGAGAGGAUAAAGGAAGAAAGCAAUAUGGAGAUGGGUGACAAAGACAGAGUGAAUGCUGAAAGCCAGAGAUUGAUUCUAGAGGUGGAACAAACCAGAGAGGUGUUAAGAAGGGUGAAAGAAGAAAUGGAACAGAGCAAGGAGGAGUUAAAAGGGGAAAAGGACAAACUCAGACUGAUGAAGACGGAGACACAAAAAAGAAAAAAAGAGCUGGAGCAAAGGAUGGAGAAGAUCAUGCGAGAGAGGGAUGAGUUAGAACUGGUGAAGUCAAAGAUACAGAGACAAAAUGAAGAGCUGACACAGAAGAUGGAAGAUGGAAAGACUGAGAGUGAAAACAUGGAACAGAUGAAAGAUGAAAUUGAGAAACAGAGAUAUGAACAACGAGCUGAAAUCCAAAGAGAAAGAGAAAUGUUGGAGAAAAUAAGAGAUGAGAUACAGAGAGCUAAAGAUUCCAAAGAAAUACAGCUUCAGAACGAAAAAGGGGACUUACAAAAAAAGAUGGAUGAAACAAAGCAAGAGAGGGAGAUGCUUGAGCAAAUUAAAACGGAGGUUUUGUCAGAAAGGGCCAUAUUGAAAAGACAAAUCCAUGAAAUCACAAGAGAAAGAGACGACUUGGAAUUGCUUCGGUGUGAGACCCUGAAGAAAAAGCAGGAGUUUGAGAAAAAGAAGGAUGAAGCUGUCAAGGAAGAGCUUGAACUGAGAGCUGAAAUGCAGAGAGAUAGGGAGGAGAUAGAGAGAACCAAGAAGAAAAUAGAGAGGGAGUUAAAACAAGGCAGGGAUGCCACAAGUCUAGAGAGAGACGAAAUUGAACGGAUGAAGGUUGAAAUACAGACCCAGCACGAGGAAAUGACAAGAUCCAUUGAGAGGACAAAGCAAGCCAGAGAUGUGAUGGAACAGGUGAAAGAUGAAAUUCAGAGAGAAAAAGAACUUUUGGAGAGAAUAAGGGAAGAAACAAUAAGAGAGAAAGAACCCUAUGAAAAGGUCAAGUAUGAGCUAAACAGAGUAAAAGAAGAGAUGGAAAAACUCUGGGACGAUGUACAGAGGGACGAACAGGAAGAGAGAGCCAAACUGCAGAGAGAAAAUGUGGAGUUGAAUAAGAGAAUGGAGGAAAUUAAGAAAGAGCUUAACCAGAUUGAAACAAUUAAAUUUGACCUAGAGAGACAGAGAGAUGAGAUUGAAGCAAGGAUGGAGAAGACAAAGAGAGAGAUGGACCAGCUGGAACAGACGAAGGCUGAAAUACAAAGACAGAAAGAGGACAUUGAAAACAAGAUGACAAAAACAAAGAGUGAGAAAGAUGAGAUGGAAAGGAUCAAAUCUGAGAUACAGAAGCAGAAAGAGGAAAUUGAAAACAAAAUGCAACAAGCAAAGACAGAAAUGGAUGAGUUGAAAAGUGUGAGGGAAGAUAUUCAGAGACAGAGACAAGAGAUUGAGAGCAUGAUGCAAAAGGCCAAGAGAGAGAUUGGAGAGAUGGAACUAGUGAAGACUGAGAUGCAAAGGAAGAAAAAGGACCUUGAACAGAUGAUGAGAAAGACUAUGAGAAAAAAGGAAGAAAUGGAAAAGAUGAAGGAAGAAAUAGAGAGAGCUGAAGAAGAGAUGGAACAAAGAAGGGAAGAGACCAAAAGGGAGAGAGAUGCAAUUGAACAGUCGAAGGCUGAAAUAGAAAGAGCAAAAGAGGAACUGGAGAUUUGUCUGGAAGAGAGCUUUAGAGAUAUUGAUGAGAAGGAACAGAUGAAAGAUGAGAUACAGAGAUUAAUCCAAGAGGUAGAGCGAACCAGAGAAAUGGUACGACAAACAAAAGUGGCAAUGGAAAACAGGAUGGAAGAAAGCAAUAUGGAGAUGGGUGACAAAGACAGAGUGAAUGCUGUAAUCCAGAGAUUGAUUCUAGAGGUGGAACAAACCAGAGAGGUGUUAAGAAGGGUGAAAGAAGAAAUGGAACAGAGCAAGGAGGAGUUAAAAGGGGAAAAGGACAAACUCAGACUGAUGAAGACAGAGACACAAAAAAGAAAAAAAGAGCUGGAGCAAAGGAUGGAGAAGAUCAUGAGAGAGAGGGAUGAGUUAGAACUGGUGAAGUCAAAGAUACAGAGACAAAAGGAAGAGCUGAAAAAGAAGAUGGAAGAUGGAAAGACUGAGAGUGAAAACAUGGAACAGAUGAAAGAUGAAAUUCAGAGAGCGGUUGCAGAGAUAGACCUGGCAAGGGAGGAGAUACAAAGAGAAAAAAGGAUGAUCAAAGAGGACAAUGCAAAGAAAGUGAAGGAUAUGAUGGAGUCUAUGAAAGCUGAGCUUGACAGACAGAAAGAGGAAAAUAACGGAAUGAAAAAGGAAAUGCCAAUGAUGAAGGCCAUGGUCCAGAGACCACAGGAUGAAACAGAAAAAACAUAUCUUGAUAUGACAACUGAGAUACCAUUUGAGUCACAAGAGCUAAGAACCGCCAUUGAAAAAGAAAGAAGAGACUUGGAACGCAGAGAGAAAAGGAUUAUGAGAGAGAAGUAUGACCUGGAAAAGUCAAAAGCCGAGUUUGAGAAGGAAAAGGCUGAGAUGGAAAACCUGAUCACAAAACAACGAGAAGAGGACAGACAAAUUAUUGAGGACAUAGAAAAGAAAAAAGAAAAUCUCAAGCAAAUGGAUGCAGAGAUGCAAAGAAAAAGACAGGUAAUCGUAAGGGAAGUGCAAUAUAAAAAACAAAAGAUGCAGGACUUUAAAAAAGCAAAAGAUAAGUUUAAACAAACGCAAGUUAAAUUUAGCAAAGAGAAAAUUGAAAUGGGAAACAUCAAAAUGGCUACCGUGGCGGAAAGAAAGAAAUUAGCAGUAGAGCAAGCUUACAUAGAGAAACGUAAGGAGGAGAUGGAAGCCAUCCUUGAAAUGACAAAGAAGGAGAAUGAAGAUCUGCUGAACUUAAAUGCUAAAAUAGAGGGAUGGAAAGAAGACAAAGACGAAUGGGAUGAAAGCCUGAAAAGAGAAAGAAAGGAACUUGAAUAUCUGAAAAGUGAGACGCAAAAAGAAAAAGAGGACAUGAUAAGAAACAGGAACAUUUCGGAAAAAGAGAAAAAGGACUUGGAGCUGAUGAGAUCUGAGACGCAGAAAGAAAAUGGGAAGAUGGAACAAGAGAAGCUUAAGGUACAAGUUGAGAGAGAAAAGCUUGAUCAAAUGAAACUGGAGUUACAGAGAAAGUCCAAUGACCUAGAUAUGAUCAUAGAAGACACAAAAAGGGAGAAAGUAAGUGCAUCACAAAUUUCUAUCCAAAUACAACAACAAAAGAACAAAAUUGAUUGUUUGGUGGAGGAGACAAAGAGGAGUAAAAUAGAAGAAGAAUUGAUGAGAGCUGAAAUAAAAAGACAGAAAGAGGAAAUACACAGCAAACAAGACAUUCUAUCAAAGGAGAGAGAAGAUCUGAAUAAACUCAGAACAAAGGUAAACAAUCAGAGAGAAGAGAUUGAAAAAGAGCAAAUUAAAGAGACAUUUCUAAUUAAUCAGACAAAGACAGAGAUGGAACAAGAGAGAUGUGAGUUGGACAGAAAAAAGAAAAUGAUAGAGCAGAAUAUGGAUGAGCUAAAGCAGAGAAAGUGUGAGAUGAGAAAAGUAGAAAACAUGAUUGUCGAGCUUAAAAAAGAAGAAGAGAGUAUAACAAACGAGAUGAAUAGGAUGAGAAAGAACACAGAGCAGAAAAAUCUUGAAACACAGAGACGGUCUGAAGACAUAAAUCAGCUCAUGGAUGACACAAGAAGGGAGAGGGGGAAGGUUGAAGAACUGGCUAUCCAAACUCAAAAACAAAGAGAAGAAAUGGUGGGUUUAAUGGAAAUGAACAAACAAAAGCAGAACGAACUGGAACUCAUGAAUGACAAGAUUGAAAGAGAGAAACAAGACAUCGAAGAAAGUCGGGAUGUGCUAACAAAGGAGAGAGAGGAGCUGGAACAAAUGAGGAAUGAGACACAGCGACAGAGAGAGGAGACAGAAUCUCACAUGGAAGACCAAAGGAAAGAGAAAGAACAUCUGGAACAAAUGACGACGGACAUGAAAAAACAGUUGCUAGAGAUGGAUAAUGACAAGGAAAUGAUAGAAAGCUCAAUGGGUGAACUGAGAUUGAAAGAGGCAGAAAUGGUGAGAGAAAAGGAGAACAUGGAAAACAAGAUGGCUAGACUCAAAGACGAAGAGGAUGGAAUGCGGGAAGAAAUAGGAAGGAAGAUGGACAACUUGAAGCAAGAAAGUCAUGAAAUCAAAAGACUUAGAGAUGAAAUUGACAGUGAAAAGCACCAGCUGAAUGCAAAAUUGCUUGAGUUGGAAAAAAUGCGUGAAGAACUAGAUAGAGAGAAGAAGGAAGUGAAAGACAGGAAGGAUGAAGUACUGAAAGAGAAAGAUCAGUUGGAAGAGAGGCAAGAUAAGAUCAGUAAGGAGAAAGAGGAAUUGGAUAUAAGUCUUGAACUGAUGAAAAGACAAAGGGAAGACUUGACGAGCUUGAAGGCUGAAGCAGAAGCACAGACCGAGCCUAUGGAAAAAGACUGGAAGGAAAAGCUCACGAGGGAAAGACAACAACUUGAAGAUGUAAAGGAGGAGAUACAGAAGGAAAAAGAAGCCUUUGAGAGAAAGAAGGGAUUGACCACGAAAGAAAGAGAUGAGUUUGAGCUGAUGAAGUCUGAAACCCAGGGACAAUUGGAGGAAAUAGAAGAAAGCAAACAAGACAUUCGUGUGGAGAAGGAAAAGCUGGAUCAGAUCAAAGCUGAGUUAGAAAGGCGAUCUGAAAACAUAAAUCAGGUCAUGGAUGAGACAAGACGGGAGAGGGGGAAGGUUGAAGAACUGGCUAUCCAAACUCAAAAACAAAGAGAAGAAAUGGUGGGUUUCAUGGAAAUGAACAAACAAAAGCAGAACGAACUGGAACUCAUGAAUGACAAGAUUGAAAGAGAGAAACAAGACAUCGAAGACAGUCGGGAUGUGCUAACAAAGGAGAGAGAGGAGCUGGAACAAAUGAGGAAUGAGACACAGCGACAGAGAGAGGAGACAGAAUCUCACAUGGAAGACCAAAGGAAAGAGAAAGAACAUCUGGAACAAAUGACGACGGACAUGAAAAAACAGUUGCUAGAGAUGGAUAAUGACAAGGAAAUGAUAGAAAGCUCAAUGGGUGAACUGAGAUUGAAAGAGGCAGAAAUGGUGAGAGAAAAGGAGAACAUGGAAAACAAGAUGGCUAGACUCAAAGACGAAGAGGAUGGAAUGCGGGAAGAAGUAGGAAGGAAGAUGGACAACGUGAAGCAGGAAAUUCAUGAAAUCAAAAGACUUAGAGAUGUAAUUGACAGUGAAAAGGACCAGCUGAAUUCAAAAUUGCUUGAGUUGGAAAAAAUGCUUGAAGAACUAGAUAGAGAGAAGAAGGAAGUGAAAGACAGGAAGGACGAAGUACUGAAAGAGAAAGAUCAGUUGGAAGAGAGGCAAGAUAAGAUCAGUAAGGAGAAAGAGGAAUUGGAUAUCAGUCUUGAACUGAUGAAAAGACAAAGGGAAGACUUGACGAGCUUGAAGGCUGAAGCAGAAGCACAGACCGAGCCUAUGGAAAAAGACUGGAAGGAAAAGCUCACGAGGGAAAGACAACAACUUGAAGAUGUAAAGGAGGAGAUACAGAAGGAAAAAGAAGCCUUUGAGAGAAAGAAGGGAUUGACCAUGAAAGAAAGAGAUGAGUUUGAGCUGAUGAAGUCUGAAACCCAGGGACAAUUGGAGGAAAUAGAAGAAAGCAAACAAGACAUUCGUGUGGAGAAGGAAAAGCUGGAUCAGAUCAAAGCUGAGUUAGAAAGGCGAUCUGAAAACAUAAAUCAGGUCAUGGAUGAGACAAGACGGGAGAGGGGGGAAGGUUGAAGAACUGGCUAUCCAAACUCAAAAACAAAGAGAAGAAAUGGUGGGUUUCAUGGAAAAGAUCAAACAAAAGCAGAACGAACUGGAACUCAUGAAUGACAAGAUUGAAAGAGAGAAACAAGACAUCGAAGAAAGUCGGGAUGUGCUAACAAAGGAGAGAGAGGAGCUGGAACAAAUGAGGAAUGAGACACAGCGACAGAGAGAGGAGACAGAAUCUCACAUGGAAGACCAAAGGAAAGAGAAAGAACAUCUGGAACAAAUGACGACGGACAUGAAAAAACAGUUGCUAGAGAUGGAUAAUGACAAGGAAAUGAUAGAAAGCUCAAUAGGUGAACUGAGAUUGAAAGAGGCAGAAAUGGUGAGAGAAAAGGAGAACAUGGAAAACAAGAUGGCUAGACUCAAAGACGAAGAGGAUAGAAUGCGGGAAGAAAUAGGAAGGAAGGUGGACAACUUGAAGCAGGAAAGUCAUGAAAUCAAAAGACUUAGAGAUGAAAUUGACAGUGAAAAGGACCAGCUGAAUGCAAAAUUGCUUGAGUUGGAAAAAAUGCGUGAA